ACCGCGUCGCUCGGCCGCUUUAAGCCCCGCGGCAGGUCAACAUAUUGAAGGCGGGAGGCGGCGCGACAUGGGCCGAGUCUCCCCGUGGCGCUGCGUGGAGUCGCCGCCGCCGCCGCUCGGAGCUCGCCAUUAUUCCAUCUCGGACCGGACACGCACACGGCCGCGCGCGGACGCGUCGACUGCUGUCGCGGAGCCCAAAACGCAUCCGGAGCACGCGCAUCAUCCCGCUAUGCCCGCGGCAGCGGCGCGAAGCACACGCACGCCGGCACGGGCGCGUCCGUACGCUCUUUCGCACAUGAGGAUUCGGAGCGAGACUCGUAUCGAUACAUAAUCCGACAAUAUGGCCGAUCAGAGCAACAUCCAAUCCGCCGCCUCCAAGAGCAUCCGGCCCUUCAAAUCCAGCGAAGAGUACCUGUACGCCAUGAAGGAGGACCUGGCCGAAUGGCUCAACACCCUGCACGAGCUGGACCUGAGCGCGGACACCUUCGCCGAUGGCCUGGAGACCGGCUGCGCCCUGUGCCGGCACGCCAACAACGUCAACCGAGCCGCGCGGGACUUCCGGCUGGAGCACCCCGAGGCGGCCCAGUCCAUGAAGCUGCCCCGCAACGACGUGGUCUUCCAGUCGCGCAACGUCAGCGCGGGCUCCUUCCUGGCCCGGGACAACGUGUCCAAUUUCAUCGGCUGGUGCCGCCGGGAGCUGCGGAUCAAGGACGUGCUCAUGUUCGAGACCAACGACCUGGUGGAGCGAUGCAACGAGAAGAAUUUCGUCCUGUGCCUGCUGGAGGUGGCGCGACGCGGCGCCAAGUUCGGCAUGCCGGCCCCCAUGCUCGUCCAGCUGGAGGAGGAGAUCGAAGAGGAGAUCCGAGACCACCGGGGCGGCCUGCAGAUGGACCCCGGGGAGCCGGAGGUGCAGAGCCCGCCCGGCGGGUGCCUCGCGCGCACGGAGGACGAGCCCGAGCCGGAACCUUUCGUGUGGCCCCACAAGAGAGUUUUGUGUGACAUGAGGAAUUUGGACGAGUUGGUCCGUGAGAUUCUGGGCCGGUGUUCGUGUCCGGCUCAGUUUCCCAUGAUCAAGGUGUCAGAAGGAAAGUACAAAGUGGGAGACUCCAGUGCACUGAUCUUCAUAAGGGUCCUUCGUACUCAUGUGAUGGUGCGUGUCGGAGGGGGCUGGGACACGCUCGAGCACUAUCUGGACAAGCAUGACCCGUGUCGCUGCGCUGCCUUUACCCAUCGCUACCAUCAGGCCAAGGCCGGUGGCCAAAGUCAGGGAGGCCAGAGUAAGUCCUCAAGUGCACAUUCAUCCCGCUCCACAAGUCCUGGUCCACACUGGCGAAACGAUGGCACGGCACCUUACAAGCCAGCCGACAGACGCUCGCUGGAGCCCUCCUCCGCACCUUGUGCCUCUUCCGCUUCCACGAGGCCUAGCCACCCUCAGAACCCCUCCGCCCCCACUGAACCCGAACCUCGUACUGGUCUGCCACGGCCCCCCAGAGACCGCUCGGAAUCUCGACCUUUCAAUCCUCUGAGGACGAGGGAGACAAUGUUGCCGGUGACCAGGCGUCUCUCCGGGGACAGUGACUCUUCCGCAGCGUCCUCCAAAGGAGGAGGAGGAGGAGGACGUCUCUCUCUCAGUGGGACAUCACACCGCUCUAGUGAAGAGGUUGUCUUACUUGUCAAUCGCAAGGAGGGCAAGCACGUGAUUGAGAGGCCCGCAAAUCAGAGCACACCGCGCAGCGCGUUGCCGCGUGCACGCAGCCAGUCUCGGGAACGCUCAGUGCUCACUUCCGCACUGAAACCUAACCCGCCUCAAGCGUCUGAUGGAGGACGAAGCCCACGGACAGAGAGGGGCAGAUCCCUUGGUAACGAAGGUCCCAGAAGGUUGCACGCUCCUCGUUCGCACAGCCAGAGUAAAGUACCUGGCCAUACGCGGUCUGGUGAAGCCGUACCGGGGUCCGGUCCCAGCCACAGGGAUACUCAACCGGCAGAGAGACGAGAGGACUCUUGCAAUAAACAAGCGCCCCCGUGGUCUCCUAGAACAGGUGGUGUGUUGUCCAAGAGGCAGUCGUCCUCGUGCUCCAACUCGCCCAUUAAAGGAGUCCACAGCAACAACAACAACAACAGCCCGAGUAAGAAGACAACAAACAGUCCCAGACUCCCUCGCUUGCCCUCCGGAGGGAAAGGCAGACUGCUGCCCCCAGUCAAUUCAGGAGGACGACGAUCUCCUCAUUCAACUCCCCGAAACUCUCACCAUCACGCUGCCCACCCUCCUCGAUCGUGCCACGGCCCUCGACCAGAUGGGAGAGGCCUCAGUAGAACCUGGUCUGGUCUGGGCCGUCAUGAGCCUGAGGACGAAGGACUUGGCUGUGGCUUCCAGAUGCUGCCAGCUUUGGACCCCCAGAGAGAGCAAGACCUGUAUCGCAGCUUUGAAGCUGAGUAUUUAGCCAACACGCAGCAAGCCAGAGGAGCGUCGAGUAAAGUAAUGGGCCAGCAUGGCCCUAGAACCCAUUCGGUACCAGCGCUCAGUGAUUCUAAUAUCACAGAUUCUGCUUAUUCAUCCUCCAACUCCUCCUCUUCGUCCUUGAACGUGGGUGCAAAGAUAGGAGCCCUGCCGGACCUCAGGGAGUCCAAAAGGACGAAUCCCUGCCACUUUCCCUUAGAUGACCCUUUGACUUUUCAUGGAGGGGGUCUCAAGAAGCUCCCGGCCAUCUCUAGCUCCAUGGGGCAGAAAACACAUGUUUCUUGUCCUGGAGACGCGAACAGACUUGUGACUCAGGUUGCUCCCCAAACUGCCCACUGUACAAAUAUGAAUGGAGACCACGGGGGCCAACAAGAUGACGGAUGGCACAAAACCUCCCAAGCAGACGUUCCUCUGGAGACUCACCAGCCAAGCUUAGCAUAUGAUGGACAGAAUAGUGACGGUAGUGACGACAUCCCGCCUCCAGAGGCGCGUCCUUCAACUGUGCCCCUGCCCUUAUCUGAGGAUUGCUCCUUCCAGGACUCCUCCAGUGAAAACUCUUCAAUGUGCUUCAGCCUAAGCGAAUCCCACUCUGAAUCUCCCCCGCCGACGUCUCCCCUGGCCAAUGGCGACGCAGGCAGAGGAGGACUGCCCUCUAACAAAGAACAAAAGAAGAUUUCCAAACACAAACCUGCAACCAGAACGAGGCCUCGUGCUGACAACGGCCCGGCAAACAACCCCUCACGCAUCCCCACGCUGGUCGGCUUCAGAGACGCGCAGGUUUCACCCUGCCACACGCCGCCACUCUCCCCUCGUAACUCCCGCCGUCCCGCUUGCAACAUCCUGCACCCGGCCAUCGCUGAUGGCGUUCAUCCUCAACCUUGUUCUCCCGCCAGGGGCAACAAGGAUCGCGCCUACCCUGGAAAGUCGGGGAGCCUGGAUACUGAAGCUUGCAUGUAGCUUACUGUUGACUACUGUGUAAAAAAAUACUUUGGACUGAGUUAUAGACUGUUUUAUUGCAUGUUACAUUGCUUUAAUUUUGCACUCUAGCCAAAUCAUUUAUUACCAAAGGAAUGGUGUUUGACAUGACUUUUACGAUCAUUCAUUUUAAGGUGUGCUUGUGGAACAUUUUGCCAAUAAUAAGGUGUUUUUUGUUUUGUUAAUUUUUUAAAAACUUGACACUUACAGAGCGAUAGAGAGAGCAUAUGUGCUGCCAUGUGCAGGGUAGGGUCAAGUGCCAGAGAUUUCAAACUGCAAUUUUUCCAAUCACAAAACCUUAGUCAGAUAGAUUGACGCCCUCUUGUGGUUUGCUUACGGCCUUGCAAGUAAAAAAAAAAAAAAAACUGCUAUCGUUUCCUUACUAGAAGUCUUCUUUGGCUCAACAUCGACAUAUUUACAAUAUACACAUGGGUUAGAUUUUCUUUGAUGCAGUACAACUGUUUAACUUACACUUUUUAAUUGUUAUUUAUGGGCCAAUGACGGUUACAUUGCUUUGUUGUCAUUUUCACUGACAGAAAUGUGGAGUUUUUGCCUCCGACCAAACUACUUAAGAACCCACACGUGUACAGAUGUCAGUUGCUUAGUAGAGAAUGAAUGUGUAAAUACAAAUACAUGUUUAUGUGGCCGCUGAGGAAUGUGGGUGCUUUGUAUAUAAGAAUGCAAUGAAUAUAAUGUACAUAUUGGCUGUAUUAAGUCCUGGGCUGCCUUAGCUAUGCAAUAUUGGGUGGUGAAAUGCCUUGACAAUUCCCUUUGCCUUAAAAUAUUUUCACAGGUUAGGUUUUGAAUGUUUCUGUUAAAAAAAAAAAUCACAACACUACAUUGCCAUCAUUUUCUGGUUAUUUGAAUUGCAUGAAUGGAAUAAGAAUGUUGAAAAUUGCAAAGGUCAUUGCCCAUUUUAGCGACAUAUGAAUUAAUGUCCUUCAAUGCCAUUAGUUUUGACAACCAAGAAAACACGCAAGGAAAAAUAACCCGUUUGAGCAAAGCUAGCAUUGUUUAGACCGUAACAGUCUUCAUCAUAGAAAGACAAUACCCACAUUUCCAUACCCCGAGGAUACCGUAUGUCCUAAUGCAAUGUGAUGCACAACAUCUUUAAGCAGUAUGAUGAGAUUUCAUUGGUAAACGAGGACUUUAACUUGACUCUCUGCAUAAAUAAUACAUUGGCUACUGUGACUGGAUAUAAAGGUUCUUUUAUUACCUCCGUGAAAUACUACACUCCAGCUUGUAAUAGUGCUUCUGAUAUGUGUUUAAUAAGGUGGUUCCUUUAUUCAUUUACUUAAUUGUAUUAAGUAAAAAAAUAAGGGAAUUGUUGUGUCAGUGCCCUGCAGACCAAACUAAGAAAUGGUUCAAAUGAAUGCUUUUUCUCACUAUUUUUUUUUUAUUUUUUAUUUCAUGUCUCAAAAUGUUUUUUUUUUUUUAAUGUAAUGGUCUAUGGAGACAUGGCAGGGAAUUGACACAUUGACUGGGCUUAAAAGGACUGUGCAUAUAUUUGUGUACAUACUGUACGAGAGGGAUGCAAGGGGUUAAUGUUGGUCGUAUUUAUUUAUUUAUAAAGUGAUGUCUCAUUGGACUUGCGUGGCAUCCUUGACCAAGAUACUGGAAAUGAAAUCUGUUGAAGGAAAGCCAAAUGUGAGCCCUUCGUGUGGAUUAUCAUGAUCAUAAACUAAAAUUCAAAUGAUCCCAAAACUUGAUCAUCGUUUGUCUGCCCCCGACCAGCAAAAUCUGAGUGUUUAGAAUAUCUUGUAUGCGGUUUUCACUCGAGUCAAUCUAUAAAAUGCACUCAUUGUCAAACUUUGAUGUACAAAAGUGAGCAAUACUUCACUGUUCUUUUCAAGGGUGAAAAAGCUGUUGUUCUUGUAAUAAAUGCUUUCCU